UCAUCUUAUUCUCAUCAUUUUGUAAAUGACUAGAUCUCAUUUUAUACAGAAUUUUUAGGUGUACGAAGUUUUUGACGAAGCUCGUAGUGAAGUUUGCGCCCUGAAAGUGGUAGAUUUAGGAGAUGAUCCCGUUGUGCGGCAAUGUUAUUUGAAUGAAAUAGAACUCUUAAAAAAUCUACAGAGUAGUCCAUAUGUGAUCAAAAUGAUUGAAUAUGAGCUCCGCGAGUCCGAAAAUACUUUGUACGUUGUAAUGGAGAAAGGCGACAUUGACCUAGCAACCUUCCUCAAAACUCGCCGCUCUGAAAUUGACUCCACCUUUGUGAAAUAUCACUGGAAUGAGAUGCUCCGAUGUGUGAAGAUUAUCCAUGACAGAAAAAUUGUUCAUUCUGAUUUGAAACCAGCAAACUUUUUGCUUGUAAAAGGAAGGCUAAAGUUGAUAGAUUUUGGAAUUGCUGCUGGUAUCCCAAGUGAUAUGACGGCCGCAGUCAAAGAAAGUCAGAUGGGCACGUUAAGUUACAUGGCGCCAGAAGUACUACAAGGAGAGGGCUGUGACGGAAAGUACAAAGUAUGA